UUAAAUUUAUUUUCAAAAAUAUUAAAGGGUGUUAUAGGAAAAUAUGACACAAAAUAUAGAUUAUUCUAAAGGGACAUAGUUACCAUUUUUUGCUCUAAAAAAACAGUUUUCCCAAAUAUUUUUAAAUAAAAUAAUCAAACACAAAAGGAAAAGGAAACUAGAAUUUUUUUGUAGUUACCUUUCGUUAGGGAAACAUAACUAAGAGUUAAUCAAAAGAACCUUAGGAUAGCAAUAAGUGAUUUGUGAUGUAAUAAAAAGUCACAAAGUGACCUUAAAUGAAAAUAUUAAAUUUGUUGUUAUAUAUAUUAUAAACGGAAUAUUUUAUUUUUUACAAUAAUAUAUAUAUAUAUAUAUAUAUAUAUGUUUUAAUAGAAUAUAUUAAAUGGUAAAACGCUUUUUCAAAAUAAUUUAAUGAUAUAUAAUGCUUUGAUUGAAAAAUAUUGACAAUUAAAUGUGUCAUUAGAACAUGUAAUCAGAUCAGUUGGGCCCUAUUGACAACUUUCAUUCGAUUAAGCCCAACACUAUAGUAACAAAAAUAAAUUGCCGAGAUUAUAGCUUUCACAAAAUAGAAUAUUUAAGGGCCUUCGUUUUAGGCAAUAAAAUCCCUAAAUAUCUAACUUUAAAUUUUUAACAAAGAAAAAAAGAAAUUUGAUCUAUGGCAUUCUUUUGUAAUUAUUGAAUAAAGUUCAGGGUUAAUUACUAUUUGUACUCUUGUUUUAAUAGUUUAAGAUUGGAUAUGAGAAGUAAACCAUGCUAGUCUAACUCACAUUGAAGUGUACCAAUAGGCUACAAGUUUUGAUCAUUUUUCCCUGAAAUGAUAUCUUACUUAAAAACUAGUAUAUCCCCAGUUGAAUAUCUUUUGUCAUUCAUUCUCUAUGUAAACUCUUAGAUACAAUUAAAUUAAUUUUCCUGGCAGGUUAUAAUUUAGGAAUUACACGUUCAAUAAAAACCAAGUAUUUGUUGAUUAAUAAAAACUCAAUGUAACUAUAGUCUACAGGUCUCAGAUUACGUUUCGGUCUGGCAUCAAAGUAAAGCCCAAAUGGGCUCCGGUUGUUACAAACAAAGCCUGCCUGUUCAAAUAGCGGACAGAGCCAACAGUGCAUAAUCAGAACGUUAUGCAUGAAAGGGACACUCGUACUGCUCGUCCUACAGAUACGACAAAAUGAUUUGAUAAUAACAGCUGUCCAUCAAUCCUUGAGAAAACUAGGGAUUUUAGAUCAUUCAUGAGUAUAUAAAAGGUAAUCGUUCGUUGAUAGAGAGGUUCCGGAAAACUCUUCCUUAGACAAAGGUAAAACGUUUUCUUAGUAUUUAUCACACACAGUUUAUUUUUCUUCCUUAGCUAUGAAUCGAAAAGCUUGUAUUUAUCUUAGUUGUUUAUUCAAGUUCCUUAUAGUUAUGAAUCUCAAACUAAGACCUUUUGUUGUGUUUGUCCUCUCUUUUUCAUACUCCUCAGAACACUAGGAUCAAUCAAGAAUCAGGCAUACUCUAAGCAAAGGUAAGACCUUUCCUUAUCACUCAUAUUGUUUUAUCAUUUUCCCUAGCAUUUUUGCAACCAUGGACAUAAGAAAGUUUGAAUGAUAUAUCUCGACUAAAAAAAUUCAACGUUACCUACAAUUUUUAUAAAAAAUUGUUUAUCCUUUUCCCUUGCAUUUACCUUUUCCCCUUGUUAGAAUGGGUAUUAUUUAAUCUAUUUAAUGAACUUUGUUUACAAGAUGAUUGAUAAUAUAAUUGGAUAAGUCUGUUGAUGGUGAGGUUUCAACCGAAUCUUCCGGUUUUACAAAAAGUCAUCGUUUAAGAGAGGUGAAAUGUUUUUCGUAGUCAUGGACGUGUGUCUGUCUUUUCUUAGCUAGUAAUUUCAAAGUAAAAGCCUUUGUUGUUCCUUUUUUUUUCUGCCAAUAUGUAGAUAAAUAUGUUGAUUUGUUUUGUUUAAAAAUUCGGAACUCGGGAAUGCUUUUUUUUUAUCGGGUUUCCUUUAUAAAACUAGCAGGAAAAGUUUAUAUUUUCGGUUAUUGUAUGAUUCCUUGAACUGUGGAUAUGUGUUAUGAAAUUAAGUAAUUGUUUGCUCGCUCAAUAAACUACUUAGUCUUGUCUGAAAGAGUUUUCUUCUCCUCUUUAGAAAAUGUAACCUUGAUAUCUGAAAGCAAAAGUAUUUGGUGAUAACCAGUUAUAUAAUCAUAGGUGUAAUUGGAUUUCCUAUAAAAAUACUAGCAGAAUCAUUUAUAUUUUCGGUUAUUGUGUGAUUCCUUGAAUUGUGGAUGUGUUAUGAGAUUAAGUAAUUGUUUGCUAGCUCAAUAACCUACUUAAAGUCUUGUCUUAAAGAGUUUACUGCUUCUCUUUAGAAAAGGUAUCCUUGAUAUCUGAAAGCAAAGGCAUUUCGUUAUAAACAGUUAUAUAAUCAUAGAUGUUUCUUUUUUUCUUCCAAUAUCUAGAUAAAUAUGUGGAUUGUUUGGUUUAAAAUUAGCAACUUGGGAAUGGUUCUUUUUGUCGGAUUUCCUUUAAAAAACUAGCAGAAAAAGUUUAUAUGUUCUGUUAUUCUGUGAUUCCUUGAACUGUGGAUAUAUGUCUUAUGAGAUUAAGUAUUUGUUUGAUCACCCGAUAAACUAACUAACUACUUAUUCUUGUCUGAAAGAGUUUCCUGCUUUUCCCUAGAAAAUGUAUCCUUGAUAUCUGAAAGGAAAUGUAUUUGGUUAUAACCAGUUACAUAUAUAAUCAUUGAUUUUUAUAAAUCUGAGACCAAAUCCAACAGCUUGUGAUUCAGUUUGAUUUAACACAGUCGGUUUGGUUUUCAGUUUCUCAUUAGUUUCGGUUUAGCAUCUAGUUAACUUGCAUCCGUUUAAACAUGCAUGGGAUUCCCAGACACUUUCUUACACACAGUGAGUCUAUAUGUAGUCAUAAAAUGGAACGUUGAACAUGAAAAACGUACGUACUUUCUUCCAUAUAUGUAGACGUUUGGGUGGCAUGUGACACGUACAUAUAUAAGGGGGGGGGGGGGGGGGGGGGGGGGAUAUCGAAGUCUUACAUUAAAAAAACGAUUAAAUUUGAGGAAUUGGUUUAUCCUUUGGACAUAAGACCAAGAAGAGGAGAGUUGUAAUCUUUGGACAGAAGAGAGUUGACUAAAUAUAAUUUUAAAUAAGAAAAUCCAAAUUUACUGAAAAGUAAAUAUUUUGUUUUAUUUUCUCUCUCAAAACAGUUAAUAUUUAUUUCUCACUUCCAUUAAUUAAUUUUUUUGCUACUUAUGAUUCCAUGAAUUGUGGUAUAAACAAAAAUUGAUCUUAAUUAAAUAACAAAAUGUUUUAUACUUUUUGGUAAUCACAAAAUGUUUUAUACUUGGCCGUUAAGAUUUAAGGUUUAGUAUAUUAGGAUUUUAUGAUUAAUUACUUUUACAUUUGUUGGGUUUUGACGGACACAUUACUUUUACAUCUCCAGGGUUUGCAUGUAAUGGCCCGUUUACGUCAACGUAAGAACUCGGAUCCCGAAAAUUUCACCCAAGGAGGUGGUCGUGCGGCGGGAGGAGCAACUCGUGGUGGUCGUGCAGCAAGAGGAGCAAUUGGUGGUGGUCGUGGUGGCAACAACAACAUACCUCGUGCUGGUGGCACUUACACACCUGGCGAUGCAAAUCUGGACAUCAUGAGAAUCAUCCAAGAAGAAGCCCAAAAGAGGGACGAAGACAUCACAAAAGGCGGAGAAGAUACGGGUAACGGGAGAAAGAAAAAGAAGAAGAAAAAGAAUAGAGUCAACGAUAACACCAAUGUCAACAACAGGAACUUAAUCUGGUUCUAUUUGCUUGGGAUAUUUGCAACAUACUCUUCCGUUAUGGCUCCUCUCACAUGUGCCUUCAACGCCGAAGAGUAUUUGCCAUAUCAACUCAUCAUAGUAAUGGAAUUUGCUUUCAUAGUUGACAUUUUACGUGGAUGGAUAUACGCCUAUCAUGAUAAUCAGCCCAUCGCUAAUGAUAGGUUUCUCCAUUGGUGUUACAGGAUCUGGUUACUUAAUCCUAGGAAGUUGGAACUUGUAGCUGUGGCUGCUGUCCCAUUGGCUAAUAUUAUCCAGUGGGAGUAUUUAAGGUGGAUUAAUAUUGUUCGGGCUAUGAGAGGAAAGGAGCUAUUAGAGAAACUUGAAAAAGUUGAAAGCUUCAACUAUGCUUUCAUCAUGUUCAUAAAGAUCAUGGCUAUCCAGUUAUACUGCAUACACACAACUGGAUGCAUGUUUUAUCAACUUGCCACAGAUUUUGAAGGUCUUCCUCAAAUAUAUCAAACUUGGAUGUCAGAUAUCCAAAUUGGCAACCAAAAUCUCUCAGGACUCGGGAAUGUGCAGAAAUACAUUGCAUCGACCUAUUUUGCCACUGUCACACUGUCCACCGUUGGCUAUGGAGACAUUCACGCAACUAAUCUGACUGAGAUGGUAGCUUUGGCAUGUCUAAUCAUCGUUAGCUUAACUGUGUGGACCUACUUAGGUGUCCAACUAGCAAACCUCUUUGGGAGAAGAUCGAAGAAGCAAAUAGUUGGAGAGAAGAUGGAUAAUCUGGAGAAGUAUCUGAAAGAAGCCAAAAUUGCUGAGAAUUUAGCUGAAGACAUCAGAGGUCAUAUGCAGAUGAAAUACAGUGAUGAUUACGAUAGGAAAAUUCUUGAAGAUGUUCCAGCUUGUCUCAUAGCCAAGAUAAAUAAAAAUUUCAAUGAAAGCAUUAUCAGGAGUGUCUCUCUAUUCAACGGAUGUUCACCUGAAUUUUUUAAGCAUCUGGCUAGUGGGGCUCAACAAGAUUUUCAUCCCCCAGGAUGCACAGUCUUAAAAGAAGGAAAUAUUGUGAGCCAACUACACAUCUUAUACAAAGGAGGCUUGGAACUAUUGCAAGGAGAAACUGUACAUCCACCUCUUAGAAGGCCUACUACAGUAUUCGGAUUAGAAUCAUUUGUCUUGAAUGAACCUCUUCCACAUACUAUCCGAACCUACAAGGCAAGCAAGUUUCUCAUCAUAAGCAAAAAAUAUUUCAUGGAGUGUCUUCACAACUAUCUCGAAGAUGGAGCGAGUGUGAUGAGAAAUUUAUCAAAUGGGAGAGAUCCUGCUUUUGUUGAGAGGCUAUUGCAGUCGGUAUUUGGUAUUCAAAUGCAAAAUGAUGUGAUCAGGAAGGCAUCUUUGCUCAACCAUGCAAUAUUUUUUGAUGAUCUUGAGAAGGUUAAAAAGUUGAUCCACUGGGGAGUAAGCGUGGAUUCUGUCGAUUAUAACAACAUAAAACCAUUGGAUUUUGCAAUCAAUAGAGGAAAUACAGAGAUCAUCAAAUUCCUCAUGAGUGUAGUAGCAGAAACGAACACUACAGGUACUUCAAUAGUUUAUAUUUUGUUUUCAUCAUUUUGCAUGCAGGAGGCUAUCAAUGGAAAUCAUUAAUUAGAAUAUGAUUCUUAUGCUUUCAGGGAUAGAUCAAGAACAUGCUGAUUAAGCUAUGUGAAGAACAUACGACAUGUUAUCAGGUAUAUUACUACAUUAAAAAUUCAAAUGUUUCUAGAAAUUCUACAUGGUAAAUUGCUUAAUCUGACAAACAAUGUUUCAACAGGAUUUCCACAUCGAGCUACUACUUUUGGAGUUUCAGCAUCUUCCCUUCUAUCACAAACUUUUUUUUUAUUUCUUGAUCGUUGUCUUUAAUGAGAAUUGCACAACUAUUAUCACUUUCUCAGGUUUUGGUUUUAGUACAUUUUUCGGAGGAGUUUUAUGUUGUAAUCUUUUUCAUUGCCAACAAACUGAAGUUUAAACAUUAAAGUGGUUAAGUCUAUGACCAUAUGGUUUACUCUA